AAAAGAAUAGAAUAAAUUAAUAAUUAUUUUUUGAUAGUAGUAAUAAUUAAUAUUUUUUCUCCAACUAAUCACUCACUCUGUCACUCACACUCUACAAUUCCUUUUACUCCCUCCCUUUCUUCCUCAUUUACUCUCCCCCCAAACAAACAAACAAAGCUUCGAAUCUCUCUCCCCUCUUUCUCUCUCCUCCUUUAAUGGCGAUCAAACUCACCCGCCUUCCCUUGCUCUCUCUCCCCUUUCUUCUUCUUCUUUCAACAUCAUCUUCUCCCUUUUCUGUAAAUGUGAUGUAACUAUCACUCAAAAUUUUAUUCUUCCCCUGAUUUUGUGAAGCUCAAUUUGUCUUCUUUAAUGGCGGUGACAUCUCUUUAUCUUGUCUUCUUGCUUGCUGUUUCAUUGGUUUUGGUCCAAGCUAACACUGAUGCCAAUGACGCACAAGCACUUCAAGUUUUGUAUGGUGCAUUGAAUAAUCCUUCUCAGCUGACGGGCUGGAAAAUGAGUGGCGGUGACCCGUGUGGAGAGUCUUGGAAGGGGGUUAAGUGUGAUGGUUCGGCAGUCGUUUCCUUGGACAUUUCCGGGUUAGGAGUUAGCGGUACAAUGGGAUAUUUGCUUGCAAACCUCGCCUCGUUGAAGACAUUGGAUCUGAGUAAUAACAAUAUUCACGAUGACAUCCCAUUUUCACUACCACCAAAUCUAACGUCCCUAAAUCUAGCACACAAUAAUCUGAGUGGAAGCCUUCCAUACUCCAUUGUGAACAUGCUUUCACUUUCUUAUUUGAAUGUUAGUAGUAAUUCGGUCUCACAGCCAAUCGCAGAUGUAUUUUCUAAUCAUACAGCCCUCGCGACCAUAGAUCUCUCAAACAACAAUUUCUCUGGAGAUAUUCCGGCUUCUUUUAGCGCUUUGUCCAAUCUUUCAACACUCGAGGUUCAAAACAAUCAGUUAACUGGUUCUCUUGAUAUUCUUGUUCCUUUGCCUUUAGAUAAUCUAAAUGUUGCAAACAACCACUUCACAGGCUGGGUACCACAGGAGCUCAAGUCAUUACCCAAUUUCAUUUACGAUGGUAAUUCAUUUGAUAAUGGUCCGGCUCCUCCACCACCUCCUGGAACACCACCACCUGCUAAACGAAGGCACAAAAGUUCAGGAGGUACAUCUCAAUCGCCCGAGAGUCCUAAUAGCCAGGCUUCCCAUGGAAAGAAAAAAUCUUCGCAUAUUGGAACUAUUAUUGGGGUAGCAUUUGGUGUUGUCUUCUUGCUUUUGUUCGGCAUCUUGCUUGCUCUUCUCUUCUGCAAGAGAAAACGGAGAACAAAGAAUGAUGGUGGUCGUAUGUCUGUUCGAGGUGUCUCUAAUGGCAGCGAAAAAGUUAAUUCAGAGAUGCAAGAACAAAGAGUAACAAGCACGGCUGCAGUAGCUGAUCUAAAGCCCCCACCAGCUGAAAGUUUGCUGGUUGAGAAAAUGCAUGGGAAAAAUGGGUCCGUGAGACGAGUGAAGUCCCCUAUUACUGCUACUUCGUACACAGUUGCUGCUCUUCAAACUGCAACUAACAGCUUUAGUCAAGAAAAUAUCGUAGGUGAAGGUUCACUCGGCCGAGUUUACAGAGCAGAGUUUUCUAAUAGCAAGGUGUUGGCUAUCAAGAAGAUUGAUAAUUCAGCAUUAUCCUUGCAAGAGGAAGACAAUUUUCUUGAAGCUGUGUCAAAUAUGUCGCGCCUUAGACACCCAAACAUUGUGUCACUUGUAGGAUAUUGCACAGAACAUGGGCAGCGUCUUUUGGUGUAUGAAUAUAUUGGAAGCGGGAGUCUGCAUGAUAUGCUACACUUCUCUGACGAUGGAAGCAAAAGAUUAACGUGGAAUGCACGUGUUCGUGUUUCACUUGGAACCGCCAGAGCUCUAGAGUACUUGCAUGAAGUCUGUUUGCCAUCUGUUGUACAUAGAAAUUUUAAGUCAGCGAAUAUUUUACUUGACGAAGAGUUCAACCCUCACUUGUCAGAUUGCGGAUUGGCUGCUUUAAAUCCAAACACAGAGAGACAGGUAUCGACUCAGAUGGUAGGUUCAUUUGGUUACAGCGCUCCAGAGUUUGCUUUAUCGGGAAUAUACACCACAAAAAGUGAUGUAUAUAGUUUCGGGGUGGUGAUGUUGGAACUUUUGACCGGGCGCAAGCCCUUGGAUAGUUCAAGACCUCGGUCCGAACAGUCGCUUGUAAGAUGGGCAACACCUCAACUACAUGAUAUAGAUUCUCUAGCCAAAAUGGUUGAUCCCGCUCUUAAUGGCAUGUAUCCCGCAAAGUCCUUGUCUCGGUUUGCUGACAUCAUUGCUCUCUGUGUUCAGCCCGAGCCAGAGUUUCGACCACCAAUGUCAGAAGUAGUGCAAGCAUUGGUCCGAUUGGUGCAAAGGGCAGGUGUUGCAAAAAGACGAUCCAGUGAUGAAACGGGUUUCGGGUUCAGGACACCAGAUCACGAGUCAAUCGACAUGUCAUUUUAAAGUCCGAUAAACUGAAAUUAAUCGGCUACCAAAUUUUGUUUUGAGGUCCGGUCCUAACCGAGAUGGGCAUACUGGUUCUGCCUGUGCCGGUUGAGGGAAGACACGAAGCGUGUGAGAGUUUUUAUCAUUUAAUCAGAGUCUAUAAAAAUCUGUAAUUAGUCUCUAAGAAUGUAACAGAACUUGUCUUGGGUAAAUAUAUUUAUUUAUUUCAAUGGCAAUGUAAUUAAUUUUUUUUCCA